AUGCCAUAUAAAAAUAAAUAUUAUAGAGAUAAUUGUGAAGAAAAUAAAAAUAGCAAUGAAAAAAAUAAUCUAAUAUAUAAUAGAGACGUUUGCGAAAAAAUAAGAGAAAAAGAAAAAGAAGAAAAAGAUUUUUAUGAAAAAAAUAAAAAUAUACAAAAAUAUAAUUUUGAUAAAAAGGAGAAAAUGGAAAAUUCUAAAUCAAAGUCACCUAACAAUUUAAGUAAAAAAGAUUAUAAAAAUAACGAUAAAAAAUAUUUUGAAAAAAAUAAAGAUAGAAAUUAUAAACAAGAAAAUAGAGAUAAGAGUGAUAAUAGACUUGAGCAAAGAUAUGGUAAUAAAUAUAACGAUAAUUAUAAUAAUAAAUAUAACGAUAAUUAUAAUAAUAAAUAUAACGAUAAAUAUGAUAAUAAAUAUAACGAUAAAUAUGAUAAUAAAUAUAACGAUAAAUAUGAUAAUAAAUAUAACAAAAAAUAUGAUGAUAAAUAUAAUAAAAAGCAUGAUGAUAAAUAUGAUAAAAAGUCUGAUAGUAAAUACGAUGAUGAAUACAAUAUAAAAAGGAUUAAGAGAAAAUAUGAAGAAAGAAGGAAUAGUAAUAGAAGUAUUGAAAAAACUUAUAGUAAAAAUAACUCUGAAUACUAUAAUAAAUAUAAAGAUAGAGAUUUUGAAAGAGAAAGAAAAAUAAAUAGGAGUAAUAAUAAUAAUAGUUCAUACAAUAAAAAUGAAAAUAGAAGAAAUGAAAGCAAAUCAGUUUCUAAAAAUAAAGAGGAAUAUAGAAGAUCACGUAAUGAUGAUGAAAUAGAAGAAUAUUCUUCAUAUUCUGACGAUAAAUAUCAUAAAUAUAGUAGAAAGAAGAAAAGAUUCAAUGACUAUGAAGAAAAUGAUUCACAUAUAAAUGAUAAUAUGAAAAAGAUACAAAAUACAAAUAAUAUUUUAGAAAAGAAAACUAAUAUUGAAUUAUCUAGAUUUAUUUUUAUAUAUAAAAUACCUGAUGAUAUAACAGAAGAAGAAAUUGAUGAAAUUAUUAGAAAUAUAGCAAUAAAUAAUGCAUUUUCAUUACCUCUCAAUAUAUAUAUAAAUAAAUUAUCAUAUUUUUCUAUAAAAGAUGAUUUAUUCAUAAAAGAAAAUUUAGAAUUUUUAAAAAAUAAUUCAUAUUUUAACAAUAUACAACAGAAUAUACUAAGAGGAAAAUUAGAAAAUAAAAUAAGCGAUGACAAAUGUUGUAUAAUUGAAUUUCCAUCUAACGAAGCUUGUGGAAAAUUAUUUUCUCUUUUUGAAGAAAAUAAUUGUAUUGAAAUAAAAAGAAAUAUUUGUCAUAUAUUUCCAAUAUUUAAACUAAAAAAAAAAAAUAAAAAUAAUGAAGAAAAAGUACCUAUAAAAAAAUUUAAUGAUUGGUUUUGCUCUUUUUGUAAUUUUUUAAAUUUUUCCCGAAGAACGGUAUGCUAUUUUUGCAAAGCCGCAAAAACUAGUGAUUCAAAAAUAGUAGAAAAUGAAUCUAAGAACAUAAAUAAUUUUUUAAAAAAUAAUAUAAAUAGUUCAGAUAAUUCAUAUUUAAAAAACAAUUUUAAUUUAAACAAUGAUCAAAAAGUGUUCAAUAAUUUUGCAGUUGAUUCUUUCAAUACUCAUCAUGGAUAUACAAAUAAUGUAAAUAAUUUAAAUAGUAAUUAUGAGGAUAUUAUGAAUGAUAAGCUGAAUUUUAUUAAAAAUAAUAACAUAUUAAAUGCAAAGACUGAUAUUUCUUUAAAUGAUAAUUAUAACAGUGAUUAUAAUUUUUAUUCAUUUAAUCUAUUUCAUUUCUUUGAAAAUAAUAUAGAAAAUUUUGAAACAACAAAAGAAGUAUUGCUUGAUGAAGAAAAAACAAACAUGUUAAUUUUAAAAGAUAUAGAUGGUAGUAUACCUAAUAAAGAUAUUAUAAAAUUUUUGAAUAAUAUAUUUGAAAAACGUAAUGUUGAUUAUUUUUAUUUAUUUAAUGAUAUAAAAGGUUCGAACAAAAGAAAAGGAUUUUGCUUUAUUGAGUUUAAUAAUCAAAAUGUAGCAGAAAAAAUGAUGAAAGAACUUGAAGGAAAUUAUUAUAUAAAUUUUCAAAAUAAUUAUUUAAAGUUGGAUUAUGUAAAUCAAAAAGAAAAACAAUGCUUUUUUAAUUGUAUAAAUUUAGCUAAAUUAAAUAUAAAUAAGUCAUCUGCUAUUGUUCUUAAAAAUUAUAUACCAUAUUUUAAUUUUUUUGUUAAUUAUUUUGAAGCAAUUGCAAAUAUGAAUCUACUUCAUUAUACUUUCUUUUUAGUGUGGACAUCUCAAAUAAUUAUUUUAAAAAAAGGAAAGCCUGAGUUAACAGAAUUUUUCUUUGAUUAUAAUAGCCAGUAUUAUUAUCACCCAAUUUAUCAAAUAUAUUUUGAUAAUAAUACAAAAUUUUAUAUGUCUUUAUCAAAAGGAUAUUACAUAUGGAAUAUGAAAGCAGAGUGUUUAGUAAGAAUAUAUUUAGAUAAUGAAGAAGGAAAUCAUAAAAAUGAGAGUACUAAUGAGUCAUUAUUAUUGUCUAAUACAUUGAAAAAUAAUAUAGAUGAAAACAUAUGUAAUAAUAACAAUGAUAACAAUAAUGAAAAUAAUAAAACGAAAAAUACAAAUGAAAAUGUAACUAGCACUAAAAUUUCUACUUUUGUAGAAGAAGUCAGAAAAAUAGCUCUAGCAUCAAAAAAGACAAUUGAGCAGAUGAAUAUUAACGAGAGUAGUUGCAAUAAUUUAGAAAAAAAAAAUAAAGAAAUUAUAAAAAAGCAUUUUUCUACUGAUUCAGCGGAUGAAAAUGAUUUUUCAGAUAAAGAAGAACUUCAGAAAAAAAGUAAUAAUAAAAAUUUAGAUAAUAAAAAUAAUAUAAGCAAUAAAUCUAAUAAGGAAUAUAAUAAUGAUCUCCCAAAUAAUGCCAAUUCAAGUGCUCAAACUAAAGAGAUUUUUAAGGAAUGUAUCGUUAAUAGCAACCUAAAACAUCCUAAUAACAAAGUAUUAGGUAACUCAACUCAAUUCAAUAAUAAUAAAAAUGUUAAUGAAUUUAAUAAUUCAAAUACUAGUGCAGAAAAAAGUGUUAUAAAUCAACGAUGUAGUACUGAUAAUUUAGAUAGCAUAUGCUUUAUAUGCUUGAGAAAAUUUUUAAAUAAAGAACUUCUCCAAAAGCAUAUAGAUAUGUCAUCAUUACACAAAAAAAAUUUACAAAGUGUUUUAGGUUUUGUAGCUAUUACAUAA